AUGUGGCCACCAGUAGUUCAACCAUCACUAUCCUCUCGUAAUUACGGUGAACAUCAUUCAACAUUUGAUAUGACAACCGCUUUUAGAAAUGUUCGAACAAAUGGAUUAGUCAACAAUACAAAUUCUUCCACUGGAUCGGAAAAAUCGAUGGCAGCCGCUGUUGCAGCGUUUAAUGGCGCAUUCAGUGUUAAUACACUUAUUCAACCGGACAUGAGAUAUCAUACUCCAGCAGCAGCAAAUCAUUUUUUCAACACAUUACUUCAUCAUACAUAUCCCUAUGUAAAUGCUUUUCGACCAUUGAUUAAUACAUCUACAACAAAUUCAGCAUCAUUACUUUCAUCCUCCUCAUCCUCAUCAACAUCAGAAUCUGCAUUUGUACCGGCAAAAAAAUUUAAACGUGAUACAACAGUCGAUUGUGAUAAUCAUUUAACUCCAAAGAGUGAACGUGGAGAAAUAUCACAAGUGAAUGGAUGCGAUGAAAAUCGAUGUGAUACACCAUCAGAACGAUCGAGUGACGAUAGCUUUGGAAAAUAUUCUGAAAAUCGAUGUCGUUCAGCAUUUGAUUUACACAAUCCACUAUGUCCGAUAUGUAACGUUUCGCUACAUAGUUCAGAUAUUGCUACACAUAUUCAAUUAGAAUUAGAAGCCAUGGAAAGAUGUGCAAGACAUUCAAAAUAUCGUACAAAUUCAAAUGGAGGCGAUCAUCAUUUACCAAAUAAAGUUUUACAAGAGAAUAAUAUUAACAAUAUUGAUCAAACAUGUAAAACACGUUAUGAAACUUAUUUAAGAGUACGUACAAGUCGACAGCAAAGACUUAAUGCAAAACUACUUCAUCGAAGAGGUAGUCGUGAAACUAGAAAUUGUCCAAUUUGUUAUCAAACAGUAACAACUAAUAAUGAUGAAGAAUUUUUUUAUACACAUGUUCAACAAUGUUCAAAAAAGAGAGAACAUCUUGCUGCAGCGGCAACAGCAGCUACAAUGAAUCAACGACUACCAAUGGAGUGUAUGAAUCGUGCAUUAGCUUUACAAGCCAGCCAAGUAGCUGCUAAUCUCUCACACGUUAUGAAUGGUUAUAAUAAUUUAAUUAUUCCUCCUACUGAAACAGAAGAGACUGAUAUUAAUGUUGUUGAUACAGAUACAGAGAAUGACAUCAUCAAUGAACGAGCGUGUAAACGAAUUAAAGCAACCACAUCUUCUACUUCAUUAGGAUCAUCAAGUGGAGGUGGCGGUGCACAAGAAUUAUCUUCCCCAAAUCAAAGUGAUACAAGUAAUCGAUGUCAAGAAUCGUUUAACAGUGAUCUAAGUUUUCAACGCUCUCCAAAAACACCUGAAAUAAAUGAAAUUGAUCCACCUAAAUGUCUUGUUUGCUUAGAAUCAUGUGUAAAACCAUGUGUUUCCACUGUUUGUUGGCAUAUAAAUUGUGAAGAAUGUUGGAUGAAAUGUCUUAAAGAAAAAAAACUUUGUCCACAAUGUGACGCGGUAACAGCACCCGAACAUUUACGAAAAAUAUUCUUAAACAAAGUUUUAAAAACAGACAAAACUUUGUAA